AUGGCUUCUUUCAGUCUAGUGCCGAGGGACGGCGCAGACUUUCGUGCUACCAUGGAGUCGCUUCAGUUAAAUUUCGAGUUUUCUGAUGAUGUGUUGGAGGCCUUGGUCAAGCAGAAGAUCAAGAACCUCGAGGAAUUCCGGUACUUCUUCGAGUCGGAAGCAGAGAUAGGUCUCUGGGUUCAAAAGCUUUCCUUGGGAGAUCAGCAGGCUCUGCAAACGGCACGCCUUCGCCGCACUUGGGCCGCCGUUAAGGUGUUCUUUCAGCACGCCGACGCGGGCCGGGUCAGGAUCUCAGAGUCGGAUCUGGAUGACCUACUUGAUGACAGUUCCUUGCGUGAUAUGAAGCAACAGUUCUGGCGUCGCUACAAAACCAGGUUCCCACCGGAACUCUACCCAUCCGACGCUACGCUCUCGCGAGUGACGCGAGAGCUUAACAAAAGGAUGCUUUGUGUGUUCAGCGUCUGGAAAGUGAAGAGUCUCCAAUUCCAACUCGUGAGCACCAGCAAGAAGCGCAAGCUUGGGGAUAACUUGUAUACCGAGGACCAGGAGCAAGAUGAGGCGGUUCCUCGGGUAUACUUGGAUCGGUUGCAGAUUCUCCUCACUGCAUAUGCACUUGCCGGUGUCCAGGCGGUCGCGGGGUCUCCCCCCGCCAACGGUGAGAAUACCGUGGGGGCCGAUACCACACAGUUCGUGCAUGCACCUUUGGAUGUGCUCAUGGAGUACUUCCAUCGUGCCAAGAGGUCAGUCUCGCAGCACAAGGACACCGAAGAGCGGGCGGUUUGGGUCUCGAAGUUCAGGGAGUCGACCAAGACGCUCGGUGCCGUGGUGCGCGAGGGAGGGGCCCCGCAGCCCCCCUCUAAGCCUUCUUCCUUCGCCUUGGGCAAGAGCGUCAACGGGAAGAAGGUGGCGCAGAUGAUGAAAGAUGGCAAACGACUAUGCCAGGAUUAUCAGGAGGGCCGUUGCGCGAAAGGCAAGCAAUGCCCCGAUCUGCAUCGAUGCGGCGUGGUUCUCAAGGGCGAGAGAGUCUGCGGAUCUGCUAAGCAUGGCGCUUCCUCCUGCAAGCAGAAGGCGGAGGCGACCCCCUCCCUGGGGUCAGAGGCUCCUGCAUCGCCCACAUCGAUCCCUGUUAUGGCGGAUCUCUUUUCGGGACCCAACGCACCGCUGUCCAAGGCUUUUCUCUUUUGCGGCUGGCAGUGCUUGCCUGUGGAUCUCAAGCUCGAUUCGUCCCAUGACUUGGCUAACCCGCUCAGGCAAGCAAGCUUGGCAGCACAGCUCCAGCAGGUCGAUUUCAUAGCGGCAGCCUUCGACUACUCCCACCAAGAGCUGCGCGCGGGACAUCCCGCGCGGCCGAGCGUCGGGUCAGUGCGCGAGAAUCCAGCCAACAGCUUACAUUGGCUUCUCCCCCAGGAGGUGCAGUCGUUUCAAUCGGGGUUGUGGCAAGACAAACACUAUGACACGUGCUGUUGGGGUGGAGCUCGCUACAAGCGCCAGCGGCUUAGGCACAACUUGCAAGAAAUCGCAGACUGGCCGGCGAUUCAGUGCCACCAUAUCCAUGGCAAAGGCGAGUGGGACCCUCAAUCCUUGGAUGGCAAGCACUGGUUCCCGUCGCAGGAGGAAGCGGAAUACACAGCUCCGCUUGCGUUUGCAAUUGCGGUGUCAGCCUCGUGGUGGGCCGCCAGAGUGGGCCGAGCUAAGCUGGCUGUCCCAAGGAUGCCGGUCCCGGGCUGUGUUGGGAAGCAUGGACUAGCUUCGAUCCGCGAGCACUGGGCGAUGGCACCUUUGGCUCUCUCCCUUGGGUUGACCCCGCCCUGCGAUGAGGAGGCGAAUCGAAUCCCACAACGCAGGGCAGUGGCAGAGAUCCAGCGCGAGGACGGUUCGCUACCACCAGGGGCCAUCUACGUUGGUCAAGGCCACCAUUCACACCGCCUGCCACGCACCAAAUGGGCAGCCCCCAUGGUGGCAGGCCACGAUUGCCCGUUCGACGAGUUCCUGCCUCGUUACGUGCAGCACAUCAAGGACAACUUGGGAGACCAGCUCCCAGAGCUCUUUGGGAAGACCUUGGUGGUGGAUGAGAUCACCGCCUGGCCGUCGGAAGGCGAUGCCCUUGCUGGGCUCGUCUUUGAAGAGCUAUCGGAGCGGCCAGAUCGGUCGCCCAUUCGGGCGCUCGGGAUGGCAGUGGCUCCGUUGGCGGAUGCAUCCCAAAUUUUCUCCUGCUACUUGCGGCAGGAAGAUGUCUUUGGGGCAGUGUGCAAGCUUUUUCCGGCAGAAUGGUUGGAAGGAGUUACCUUCCCUUUCCUUGAAGACUUGAUCAACGCUCCGCCGUUUGAUUUGUACACAAGGUGGCUGCGAGACUCGGGAGCUGAUUGGACAGGGCCUUGCGGCCCCGCUUUGGCUCCCCAGUCGGCCCGUAUCUUCCAGCGUGCUGCGGGACAGCAAGCGGGAGCACUGAGCCAGAGGGCAGCCUUGCCUCCUCUUCUGUCCUUUGGGUUAUCAGAGGAGGACCACUUCUGCCAUGCUCUUGCGCGCCUUCACGAACCAGUCCCUACGGAGCGCGAGCCUAUCUUGGACCCCGACCUCCGGUUCGCCGCCGACUUCACAGCAGCCAAUCGAACAAGCUUGCGAGCCCUGCGCCAGAAAGCCCCCUCCCUGCGCCGUGUGACGGCUGCUCGGGACAUUGGGCUGGUGGCGCUACUCGUUGUGCUUUUCUCCUGGCCUGACACGGCUCUGCCAUUUGCUCUGGUGGCGGGAAUGCCAGCGGUGGGUUUCGCGCCGUGUUAUGGCGUCUUCCCACAGCUGCCCACUUCGCACACAUCCUUUGAGGAGGUGAUGGGUGACUGGCGGGCCCACAAUGCCCGUAUGCUGUCCAGGAUCGGACCGUCCAAGGACGACGCCGCGCUGUUGAGUCAACUCAAGGGGCGCCCCUACCGCCUCAUCCCACGCUGCGUGAUUACCCAGUCCUCUGGUAAACAGCGCAUCAUCGACAACGCGGACGCGGGUGGCCAAUCAGAGACGUCCCACGACUCCAACAAGCUUGUCCUUUGCAGUGCCUUGCGCCCGGGUCAGCACGCUCAGGCCAUUGUGGCUCGAGUUCCCCCUGAAGACCUCGAGGAGGCCAAAGAGAGUGACUCUUUGGAAUCUGGGGGGGAAGACUGGCCUGAUGCUUAUCGGCAUUGCCCAAUGAACGAAGAGGAGUCCCUGGCUUGCUUGGUGGUAUGGUGGCACCACGAAUGGCAAGCGCCCGCCUAUUUGGGCUCCCGUUGGCAGCUCGCCCUCACAGUGGCUUCCUCCUACUUCGACGACUUCAACCUGCUCGAUUGGGCAUCGUCCAAAGGCUCGGGCCAGUGGGCCGUUGGGUCGAUCAACACCCUGUUGGGGACGCCAUUCGCUGCAGAAAAGCGGCAGCCCAUGUCGGCACAUGGCACGUUCCUGGGGUUAGAUCAUGACCUAUCCGAGGCCCUUUCCCGAGGUUUCGUCACCUUUUCAACGAGAAAGCGCCUAUUCGACAAGAUGGCUGACCUUAUCGAGCAGGCGACCUCUUCCAGCUCCCUGCCAGCGGGUCUCGCCUCCAAGAUGUUCGGCCUUAUGAACUUCUUGGAGCAAGGGAUGUAUGGCCGGGUGGGUUGCGGGGGGCUGGCAGCUCUCUCGGAACGCCAAAACUCACGCGAGAUUGGGCUCACGGAAGAGAUCCGGGCAUGCUUUCGCCUGAUUUCGGCAAUCCUCCGGCUCCGCCCUCAGCGCCAAUUCUGGAUCGUGCGGCCGCGGACCCAACGCUUCAUAGCUGCGAGUGACGCAGCCGCAGAAGCGCCGCUCUGUGGAUCAGGCGGAUUCCUGAUCGUCUGGCAACACCCAAAGGGUCAGCUGCGCGAAGGGUUUGUCGCAGCGUCGCCAGCUAGCCUGUACCCCCUUUGGGGUCCAGGCGAGAAGAAAAUUGCGCAACUGGAAUUGAGCAUGGUCCUCUAUGCCCUGGUCUCUCGACCAAGCCAGUUCAGAUCCAGGAGGGGGGUAUGGUACAUCGACAAUACCGCGGCUCUCAUGAGCCUUAUACGUGGUCGAUCAGACAAUGCGGACCUCUCUCGCCUAGCCCAAAUUGAUCCAUCUUUGCCUUUUCUGUUUCAAGACAUGGGUCUACUGGGAAUGGGUUCCAUCUAA